GCGUAUAACUGCAGCAAGGACCUCUUCGGGGUUAUGUUUAGCAAUUACCAGCUUUUCAGCUCAGGCCACCUCCCUCUCCUUGACUUUGAUGAAGGCAUGUUGAAAGACCUGGCGGGGAUGGAUCAAAAUCGCCAACGCGCCUUUAUACCCCAGCUCAACCGCUUCCAUCUCUUGCAUGCCUGGGAUGCUAAUAAGCGGCAUCUGAGGGCUAUCUCAUCUCUGUGCAUGCACCCAAACUUUGGAAUCCGGAAAGAGGUCACAUUUCGGCUCGAUGUUAUCCUUGCUAUGUGGGCUGACGGCGCACUGGAGCCCGAGAGGAGUCCUUACACCGAGCCGAUAUCCUGGGACGUCCCUCUCGAUGCCGGAGCUAGUAAGCUGCACUACCCCUUUUAG